AUGCGCACCUCGCGUAUAGCCCGAGACACAUCCAAAGUCCUCGCUGCGACGACUCGUAAUCGUCCAUUACGUCGAACGCGUGCCGCCACAGAUACUCUAAACACGGUCGAGGCUGGUGGUGUCGCAAAGAACGCUACCCGCGAGUCAGAAUCAGCUGUUUUCGAUGGAGCCGCGCACCCCGACUCGGAUUUAAGUUCUGUGCCGGACGAUGUUGAAUCGGAUAGCGGGAAGACGACUGCGAGCCGGAAGAGGAAGAGAGGACAACCUGCGCUUGCCGCUGUAAAGCGGGAGGUCAAGGAGGUUGAGAUAACGGCCAUUGCGUCGAGAAAAAAGGAGAGCAAACCCAGGAAGGCGCGUCGAGUCCCUGCAAAGAAGAUCACUGGGAAGGAUGGCACCAUCAAGAUCGAGCCCCCGCCCAAUUGGGAAGAAAUAUAUGCCUUGACUAGGGAAAUGCGCAAUGAGAAUGUCGCUCCUGUAGACACGAUGGGUUGCGAAAGCCUCGCAGACCGCACUACCUCACCCCGAGAUCAGCGAUUCCAGACCCUCAUUUCUUUGAUGCUGUCGAGCCAGACAAAGGAUACAGUGACAGCUGUGGCCAUAAAAGGUAUGCAGGAGCGAAUGCCGGGAGGAUUUAAGCUUGAAUCCGUACUUGUCCUUGAACCGCCGGCACUCAAUGCCUUCAUCAACAAGGUGGGCUUUCACAAUCUCAAGACCAAAUACAUAAAGCAAGCAGCAGAAUUGUUAAGGGACAAGUGGAACUCGGAUAUUCCCGACACCAUCGAGGGAUUGACUUCCCUCCCGGGUGUAGGUCCGAAGAUGGCAUAUCUAUGCAUGAGUGCUGCUUGGGGAAGAGACGAAGGCAUUGGUGUUGAUGUGCACGUGCACAGAAUCACCAACCUCUGGGGCUGGCACAAGACGACAAAGCCCGAGGAUACCAGAGCUGCCCUAGAGUCGUGGCUGCCAAAGGAAAAGUGGCAUGAUAUCAACAAUCUGCUCGUCGGACUCGGGCAGACGAUCUGCCUUCCGGUUGGGAGGAAAUGCGGCGACUGUAAGCUUGCUGAUCGAGGUUUGUGUCCCUCCGCAGUUGUUGGCAAGAAGACCAAGGUAAAGGAAGAGAAGGUUGUUGUCAAGACCGAGGAAGAUGACGCCAAUCAAACAGUGAGUGAGACUACAGUAGCGGUUCAGGAGAAGGAUAUCAAGGCCGAGGAGAUUGGGGAGGGUAGGAUAGCGGAUAUCGAGGAUAUCGGAUGUAAUGUGCGGUAG